AUGACUUUAAUACGUAACGGUUUCAUCUUACUGUGUCUCAUCGCGUUAUCAAGCGCGGCAUCCGUGGAUAGCUAUGAAGAAGCUAAAAUUCAGCUAGAAGAAUACAUACAGAACAAGAAAACGGAAAUCGAUCCCAGGUACCGUCCGUUAUACCAUGUUGCUCCUCCUGUUGGCUGGAUGAACGAUCCAAAUGGAUUUAUUUACCACAAUGGAGAAUUCCAUCUCUUCUAUCAAUACUACCCAUAUGACAGCGUGUGGGGCCCUAUGCACUGGGGUCAUACGUCCAGUCCUGAUCUCGUUAACUGGAAGCAACUGCCAACAGCGCUACUGCCUGAAGAGGAAAUGUGUUUCUCUGGGAGUGCUGUUAGCGAAGGCGAUACGAUGAUACUCAUGUACACCGGCCGUAGGGACACCGAUGACGAACCUUUCUUUAACGAAAGUCAGUAUCUCGCCUACAGCGACGACGCAAUCAACUUCCAGAAGUAUGAAGGUAAUCCGGUUCUUGCUGAAUCACCGAAUGGUUCUCCCGAUUUCCGAGAUCCAAAAGUAUGGAAAUAUAGCGACGAUUACUACGUAAUAAUUGGAAGUAAAACAUUGGACAAUCGAGGACGAGUUCUUCUAUAUAAAUCUAAGGAUAUGAAAAGUUGGGAAUAUCUGACAGUAUUGGGAGAGUCAGAUGGAGACAUGGGCUACAUGUGGGAAUGUCCCGACUUUUUCGAGCUAGACGGAAAAUUUGUUUUACUUAUGUCACCACAAGGAUUAGAACCACAAGGAGAUAGAUACAAAAAUGUUUACCAAAAUGGCUAUAUAAUCGGUAGUUUCAAUUACGAUACGAAUGAAUUCGUGCCGGAAGUACCAUUUCAAGAAACAGACUACGGGCACGAUUUCUACGCUGCUACAACGACUGAAGCAAACGGAAAGCGUUACUUGCUCGCGUGGUUAAGUAUGUGGGAGGUACCACAUCCUGAAGAUACCGAUGGAUGGGCAGGAAAAAUUACAUUACCUAGAGAAUUGAGUUUGGUUAAUAAUCGUAUCCUCAUGAAACCUGUCGAGGCAAUGGAAAAUCUUAGGGAAAAUAUAGCAGUUGAUGAAAAUGUUGGAUCUGACGAAGAGCACGAAUUCGGGAAAGCAGUCGAAUUGCUUGUGGACAGCGACCUUGAGCAGAAAGUGGAUUUGUUAUUGGAAGGUCGUGAUGGCGGUGGUAAGGUAUGGCUUCGCUGGGAUCCAGGAGUUCGCAAAGUUGUCGUAGACAGAGGUUCUGGUGACAUCAGACAAGUCGAAUGGUCUCCAAUCGGAUCACAUACCUGGCGAAUCUUCCUAGAUGCAAGCAGCCUAGAACUCUUCUGCGGGGAAGGCGAAGUGGUCUUCAGUAGUAGAGUGUUCCCUCUUGGGGGAUGGAAACUAACCAAUCAAAGCCCUCAGCCCUUACGUAUUAAGGCUUUCAAUUUAAAAAGAAGUGUACCAGAAUAAUUGACACGUAAAAAAAUGGACUACUGUAUUAUUUUCACAAUAUACUAAUGUUAAAUAAAAUACUUUUUUUUUGAAAAAUUAUAUUGUACGUAAGGAAAGAAGUGUUAACUUUCAAGUAAGUAUUAGUAAGUUGAUUUAAAUAUAAUAAAUAGUUUAAAAGUACGUGUACAACAAA